ACAAGUCACUAUGGCGAUGGCUACGACUAUAGAGAUUGCCUCCGCCUUCCGCGCGUGUCCGUGACAGCCCAAAAGAGCCAAAGCAUACCACAAAGGAAAUGAAUCGCUUGGUUUUUCAUUCUUAGAUACCAUUCGGUGUCUAAGCGCUUUCGUGGAAACAAGUGAUUAUUUUUCAAGUCGCCAAACCCUGACCAGGACGAUGUCUUCAAUCAUAGCGCGGUUGGUGCUCUUGGUCUUGCUAUUUCUCUUAUUCUCUCGAGGUACCAGCAGCAGAGAAAUCGGACUCCCAAAGGUUAUUGGAAAUCGUUUGCGGAUGACUCCGGAUGACAGCCACCGGGUCGUUGAAGCAAAUUCAAACCUGACAAUAACUUGCACCUACGCAUUUCAAAACGACAACCAGAGUCUUGACCAUCAAAACAUUUCUUGGAGAUGGGAAUUGCCCAGCUUCCUCACCAAAUAUCCGAAAUUAACGAAUACGACUGAGCGAUGCAGCAAGACGGUCCAUGUGAACAGCACUCACAUUUCGGUAACGCUGACACUAGCGAACGUCACACCACUUGACACGGGCUAUUUCCGGUUUUUCCUCGAGGACAUGGAAAUGAAUCAAUACGUUUACGUUUUCGACGAAAGAAAUCUCAUCGUCCUCAGCGACAAGAGUUUCUUUCCCGAUUAUUACCUGUACUUUCUCCACCAAGCGGAAUUGGGUGUUCACAUCCCUUGCAAAUCCACCCAUCCGAACGUGACAGUCACUCUCAUCCAUAUAGAACCACUCAACAAGGAACCGAAUUUCGACGUAAUCAAAAUUGAAUUUGUUUUAUCUGCUAACUAAAGUAAUUUCCCUAAUUUGGAAAAAAAGGAUGUGCUAGCCAACCCCAAUUCGCCUUGGUUGUUCGAACCCGAACGCGGAUUGACGUUAAAACAGGUUAUGAUCAAUAACACUGGGAACUACAUCUGCGUUGGCACAAUGAAUAACAUUAGCACCGUCAAAAACUUCACCAUCAGUGUCAAAGGUAUACUAUUGUUUUAAGUUUCUGUCGUUACAUAACCCAAGCUGAACUUUUGAUCGAAAACAAAUAGGAAUGGAGUUAGAAAGAGUGGGGGAUCCCGAGGAUCCAGUCGAAGGAAGCAAUGUCACUUUAAUUUGUCGCGCGAUAUUCCCCGAAGUCAAAUACGCCGCCCCACCGGAAUGGGCCUAUCAAAUUGACAAUAAUGCAAGAAUGCAAGUGAUUGAUGAGGCAAAUCUACCUCAAGGUAUUCAGAUCAAAACAGAAGGGGAAAAUAAAAAUCACGAUACCAGCGGAUUUAAACUGAAUUACUACGAAAGUCGAUUGGAUCUCUUUGAAAUAACCCACGACACCCACACAACGUUCCAGUGCAAAGCCAACAAAUACAAAGACGCAGUCACUAAAUCCAUUUCUUUUCGGAUUAAAGGUAAAACUUCUGGCUUGGCAUUUAGUUUCUAUGACGUGCAAGCGUGAGACUGACUCGAUGUGUACAGAUAAACUUCACAGCAAACCGCCGUCUCACCAGUUGGACGAGAAAGGAACGGAAAUUACUUCCUUUGUCGCCAUUUCUGUAACUCUAGUCAUCUUCUUCUUAUUUGGAAUCACUAUCGUCGGCGUCAAACAACAUUACGAUAAGAAAAGUGCGAUAGAAAUACCCGGAGUGAAGAAAUUCCUGAAAGGAAAUUCGAAAGAAAUCAAUCCUGAAUUGUUAAUCGAAGAACAAAUUGAACUGUUGCCCUACGACAAACGGUGGGAAUUCCCAAGGAACCGACUUAAACUCGGUUGGUUAAAACGUUUCUCUCUAGAACUAAAUUAAAUAAGUAGUGCUAUCGAUUGUGUUUCCACAUUUAGGAAUACAACUGGGAGCUGGGUGCUUCGGACGAGUUGUCAAAGCCGAAGCUGUGGGGAUAAAAGGUUCCGAUGAACCUAUUAAAACAGUGGCAGUCAAAAUGGUCCGAUCACAGACUAAUGUCGCUGCUCUGGAAGCCCUUGCAAGUGAAUUGAAAAUUCUUAUCCAUUUGGGAUCGCAUUUGAACGUCGUCAAUCUACUUGGCGCUUGCACCAAAAAGAUAUCACAAGGUGAACUUUUGGUCAUCGUCGAAUAUUGUCGGUUCGGAAAUUUGCAGACCUACUUAAUCAAUCACCGGAGCAGUUUCAUUAACCUGGUGGAUGAAUUCGGCAACAUUCGAGCGGAAAAUGAGAUGGAGUAUGUUGACAUUGUAGCUGCUAGGUAUAUGAGGUUUAGCACAUCAGAGAUGAUUGUACCAAUUGACCGUUUCUGUUUAAAUCUUCUGGCAGAAAUGAAAAUUUUUUCAAGGAUUUGAAACUCAAAGGCAACCAAUACGAAUCCUGUGUAUCGGAGGCGUUAACUGCUGAUGGAAAUUUUACCGACGAUUGCCAAGCCCUUGGUUACAAACUCUCCGGUAAAAAACUAAUAAUUAUAGACGAUAGACUAAAUAAAAUGUGAAAUCGUUUUUGGUUCAGUAACAGAAUCGAACAGUGAUCCAUCUGAGCCACAGUCUUUUUGGCAAUACCAAACCGAUCCGGACGCUACUCUUAAUCGAACCAUUUCCACACGCGAUUUAAUUUCCUGGUCGUAUCAGAUAGCUCGAGGGAUGGACUACUUGGCUAGCAAAAAGGUCCUCCAUGGUGAUUUGGCCGCCCGAAAUGUUUUGCUGGCCGACGACGGAGUGGCAAAAGUGGCCGAUUUCGGCAUGGCUAAGAAAAUGUACUACGAAGGAAAAUAUGAAAAAACAGGCCAGGGGUUGAUGCCAGUCAAAUGGAUGGCCAUCGAAUCCUUGACGGAUCGCGUCUUUUCCAGCCAAUCGGACGUCUGGUCCUACGGUGUCCUCCUUUGGGAACUCUUUACGCUGGGCAAAGUCCCGUACCCAGGAAUAGACAUUGGCCAUCAACUCACGAAAGCAAUUCAAAACGGAUACCGAAUGGAGAAACCAAAUUAUGCCCCCAAUGCAUUCGGAGAAAUCAUGACGGACUGUUGGAAAACCGACCCCAAAACGAGACCCACUUUCAAUCAACUGGUGGGCACAAUCUGCUCCGAGUUGGAAUCGUCUGUCGGUACAAAUUAUCUCAAUUUUAAUAACCCGUACGAAACAAUCAAACCUUCCUACGUCAAAUUCAACGAAGAGAGGAAAGACACGACUACGGAUCUAUUCGGACUUGCGGAAUUGUUGAGCGAAAAGUCGCAACUGAAUGGCAAAUUGCAAUGCAACUCUCAAACAAAAGAAAACGAGGUUCGUUACUCCCUGUUUCCUCAGCGAUUCUAAACAAGGCGGUAUAAGCAAAGGCGGUAAAAAGUUUCCUGGAAAUAUACGAGUCAAAAAGUGCUUGCCAAAAUAUUGGAAAAAUCCUGCUUAACCUCCUAUACACUGUCCUAUACACUGUGUGAGCCCUUUCUCUCAUUAAAAACAGAUAUC